AAUGCGAGCGUCGUGGUGGUGAACCGAUUGGAUUGCAGUGCCGUUUCAAACCCGAUGUUUACAUGCUCUCUAUUUUGCUAACAUUUGGUACCUUCACGCUCACAUAUGGACUAAAUAUGUUUCGCAGAACGCCAUAUUUUGGCUCUACGUUCCGUAAUAGUGUCUCGGAUUUUGGAGUUUUCAUUGCAAUUGUUGUGAUGACGGCAAUUUCAAAAUUUACUGGACUUGAUUUACCUGUGCUCAAUAUUCCAGCCAGUUUCAGGCCGACAAUUGAUCGUCCAUGGCUUAUCAAUCCAUUAUCAGUGCAGUGGUAUGUGGCAGUAGUUGCUGCACUUCCAGCUGUAUUCUAUACAAUACUAAUUGUGAUGGAUCAGCAAAUUACGGCUGUUAUCAUUAAUCGCAAAGAUAACAAACUUAGGAAAGGUUACGGCUAUCAUUUGGAUUUGCUAGUGAUCGCGCUGCUUGUGGUCAUAUGUGGCAGCCUGGGAUUACCAUUUUAUGUGGCAGCAACUGUGUUAUCAGUAAUGCAUGUUGAUUCACUUCGUCUUCAGUCGGAAACAUCAGCACCCGGUGAAAAGGCGCAGUUUCUUGGCGUCAAUCUGUUUCAGUUAGUGCCUUUGCCAGUGCUUAUUGGAAUAUUUUUGUAUAUGGGUGUAGUAUCUAUGCUUGGACUGCAAUUCGUGCAGAGGAUUUCCAUGCUCUUUAUGCCCAUUAAACACCAAGUACUUUUUCUCGAUUAACA